AGAUAAAGCAUGAACAUACAAAUGUACAAGCAAACGCUGAUGCUUCUGCGACUUGUAACAGGUGCAUUUGUCAUUAAUUGAUAUAAAUUGUUAGGUAAACUUCCAUGUUAAAAUUUUUUUGUUGUGAACAACAUCAUCGCUUUUUUUAAUAAUCGUCACAAAUACAGAGGAUAUUUGAUACAUUUCUUGUACAUAAGUUCACAGGUACCCCAAGCUCACAAGUGAGAAUAGUUGUUGCAUAACAGAAGAAAAGAAGUAGUAUUCUAACGUGUACUGGGCUAAUUCUGGAGAGUGAAUUUAUGGCAGAUUUCCUUUAGUUGAUAUGCUGGACCUUCGAUGGCAAGUAAGCAACCUUGGGGAAUUAUAUUUUAGAGAGAACAACAACUGAACUAAAACUCGGUGGAAUUGCACUGAAACGGCCAAAUAUGCUAAGAACACACUGAGGAGACAGGGAAAAAUGCUAUUUUGUUUAUUUAUAAGCUGUUUUUAUGCUCAAAAUAACAAUCGCAAAAAUCCCCAUACAAAGCCUUAUAUUAUUUCUGUUAUGCAACAAUGAUUCUCACUCGUGAGCUUGGAGUGCCUGUGGUGAGUUAUGUGGAGUUCAACCCACGUGCAGAUAUAUGAAGAAUAUUUUAGCUUAUUGUUGGAAAAUCUGAUGUUGGUGGAAACAUAACCAGCAAACAAAAAAAUAAGAAUAAAAAGGAAUUACAAACCUAAAGAGAACAACAAAGGAAAAGAAAACAAUGCCAUUUUUUUCAAAACCUGGCAGAGUUUAUAAUAAAAUGAAAAUAAAAUACCGACGUGCCAUACAUUCCAUGUCCUUGAAAACAUUUCAAACAGCACAGUGAAUCAUUCUUAGUUUCAGUUGGGUAAGAAAAAGCCUCAGGAAAUUUCAAAGGAGGAUUAAAUGAUUAAACUGGACAAAUAUUUAUCAACAAAGCAAAACUGAACCAACAGAAAUUUUGUAGGUGGACUGGUAAGAGAAACAAUCAUUCUUUAUAUUUCCCCCCUAAGUAUUACUGAUCGCUUCAUCUGCAAAGCUGAUUUAUUCUUUUAAAAAAGAUCCCUGAUGACAAACUUCUCUAUUAUAGCAGGUUCAUAAAGCCACAGGAGUAUGAGAACUGACUCUUCUACAGAACCUUGAUACAUCUAUAAACCUUUUCAAGAAACUAAUCCUUGCAGCAGGAAGGGACCAUUAGAAACUUUAAAUGUUGGAAAAAAAGAAAUUCCAUUCCUAUGCAAAAUACGCAUGAUUUGCUCAUUGGCACUCUAUCGAUAGGUAUACCUAGUAAAGCAAUAUAUUAUUAUUACUUCAUGCUUGUUGGAUAUGAGAUAGUUAUAGCCUACUCAGCACUACGCCCCUCAUUGGCUAUUUACCACUUCAUAUCCAAUGUACACUCAUGGAAUAAUUGUUUAACUGUAUUGUUAUUUGGCAGCUGACAUUUAAAAUUUCUGCUAAUGGUAGAUUUACCACACUACUCAUUUUGAUAGUAUUGGAAUAUUAAAAAACACCCCAACCAGAAGCUCUCCCUUAAAACAAUAGCUUUUUUUCUCAGUAAACGAGUUGGUCAUCAACUUAAAACAGUGUUAAACAUUAAUUAAUUUUUUGGGUGCAUUACAAUGUAAAUAACGUAACAGUGUCAGUUCAGCGUUACAUGCAUAUGUUGUAGUUAAUUGUUUUUGGGUAUGGUAAUGUAUGCUAAUGAAUUUGAAGCAAAGGAAUUUAACAAAAAUUAACGAAAGUAAAAAAUUAACUGCAACAUACACCUAUCUCUGAUUCAGUACCAAGUUAAGAUUUAUAGUCUUUUUUCAUUUAUUUUCAGGACUAAGUUUAUUAGAAAUUGUUCUUGGAGGUGAGGAACUUAGAGCUGGUAAUUGUAGGCAUAAUAUACUGUCUCAUGUCUCAUGCAUACUACUAAUACAGGUAUAAAUACAUCUUCAUAGAAGAUGUUCCAGUUGUAGAAUUUCUGAUAUGAUAUGUUCAGGUGUAAUGCUGGGUGACAAUGCCACAUUAAUUAAUUUUGUCGGGAGUUAAAACCUGGAGUGCACAAAAUCUCUCUGCUGAGUGGCAGUGGCCUGAAAAGUGGAGUCCUUAACGAAUGGUAUUACAUAAUCUGCCUGUUCAAAAUAACAUUCAAAAUUCAUCAUGCAGAGCCUCUGAAGGUGUCACAAAUUAAAGUUUUCCCCUUCCUCUGUUCUUGCUUUGUUUGUGUAAACAGUCAAACCUCCCAUGAGCGACAAACCAAAACGCAAAAGGUUUGCACUGUUAUCAUCCUUUACAAGAGUCUGACCACACAGGGGGCUCUCUACCCAGAACAGGCCAUACUCUUCCACUUUCUCAACGAUAAAUUUUUUGCAUCACGCACUCACCUAGCCUAUCCUAUUCAUCCUGGCUUGGGCAUAAAAGCAGGCCAAAAUUUGUUGCAUGUGAUAUGUAAAUUUUCUUUCUGAGUGACAACUAAAUAGAAGUUCCAUGCAUACUCAAGUUGCUUUACAUGUG